AGGUUCAUCAACAGCUAUUAGCCAAGAUGGUCAGAGAUUCAGCCCCAUGCUCUGGUUGUCCAUAGCUCUGAGUGGCAGAAGAUGGGAGUGGAUGAUGGGAUGGAUCACUCAAUAUUGUCCUUUUCUAUUAAUUCCCUCUGAAGCACCUAGCAUUGGCCACUGUCAGAAGACCGGAUACUGGGCUAGAUGGGUCAUUGAUCUGAGCUAGUAUGGCUGUUACAUUUUUAUGAGUGAAUAUCAGUUUUCAUAAGAGCAGGCAUUUUGCAAACAGUUUUGCACAAAUGUUUGUGAAUAGUGAAUAAAGAUACAAAUGUGUUCAAAGUGAGCAGCUGUUAGUGUUUAGAAACGUUUUAAUUUCAAUUUACAUAUCAUUCAACCAGCAGUGAUGCUAAAUUAUUCCUGACAGAGGUGGUUUAUCAAAAUUUAUUCCUCAAGAGCCUGUUUCUUGCCCUUGGAGUGGCUCAGAUUGCAAUAAAUGGCUGACUUUAAAAAAAAAAUAAAAAAAUUAAUUCCUAGGAGGAGAAACCUCUCCCCAAACCACCCUACAAGAUCUACUCCCCAGCCCUUCCAGGUAUACAACUUGGAAACCGUGCUGUUCUAUCAGUUUAUACUCAGUGCAGUUUUCAGAAGCAUAGUGUAAUCAUGUCCGUCAAAUCACCUUAAUAUUUGCCUAGUGGUGUUGCCUGCUUCUGGUUAUGAGAGCGUUUUUUUUCUUUGAAUGUGUGAGGGGAGUGUAUAGAUUUCCAAGUCAUUGGUAACCCCCACCCCCAAGCAAAAGCUUCCCGUGGACAUGGAGUUCUGUUACCAGCAAAGAGGGAAUUUGUUGCAGCAAUCCUUUGUACUACCAAUAUUUUAACAUCACUGGGCCAGAUGCAGUGUUGGCAGGUGCUCCACAAACUUCACCACACAUCUCUGCUGAUAAACUGCAGUCCUAACCUGUAAUAUGCCUCGGCCUCACUUGAGUUAAGACUUUGUGAGGUGAUUUUGAUACAAGUGGAUAUCCAUCAGGGCUGUCAAACUUAGCCACCUUGUGACUUAAAACAUGUUUCAGUGGACCAAUAGCCUAGUGAACUAUCCUUAGGCUUGGCAGAAUAAGAUAUGAAUUUGAUUUUUAUUUUUUAUAAUUUUGAUGGAUGAUAUGGAUUUUUAUUAAGGAUUUUUUCCUAUUUUUAUCUCUGGAAACUUUCACAGUUGUGCAAAAUUGUGGUGGGGGGGGUGUCAGACUACAAUUAUUUGAAGACAGUAGACACUAGGAUUCAAAAAGUUAAAGCUUUAUAACCGUUAAUACAAAUUGUCGACGUCACAUGUCUAACUAUACUAAGUAAAUAUCCUUAAAUCAAACUCAGUUCUCAAGCAGUAUUUUUCUAUCUGUAUAUAUUGAUUAUUAUUAUAGAUGGAAAUAUUUUCAGUUUGUGUGCAUGGUGAAAUUGACAUUGAAAAUCAAAUCCUUCUAAGUUUAACUAUUCACUAUGGCCACACCGGAAAACUUUCUAUGGGUAACAUAAUUUGUAACCUAGGGUGGUGUGAAGUGUCAUGUAUCAGAUGUUUGAAAAAGAUAUUUGAUCACUGCAACACCUUUUUUAUUCUGAGGGCCAAGAUGAGGUGGAGGAAGCACUGGACAAACCUGUUUACAUUAGGUUCUUCACUGGGACUACAUUUGCAACAUGAUCAGCUAUUCUCAUGAAAAGGACUGCAUUCAAGCUCGGAGUUCUUAAAAUUUACUGGCAUCUAGGCCAAAUCCUGGAAUCUUCACUAAGGCAAAAUUCCCAGAAAUAAUGAAAAAAGUCUGCCAAGGCUCUUGAUCAGAGAACUGGAAUUUGAGAAGAAGUCACUAACUAAGCUCAUGUUUUCUCCUGAUCAAGAAAAUCAUCCAUCUAAAACACCAGUAAAAUAUGGUGAACUGAUUGUAUUAGGGUAUAAUGGCUCUCUGCCAAAUGGAGAUCGAGGAAGAAGGAAAAGUAGGUUUGCUUUAUUUAAAAGACCCAAGGCAAAUGGGGUGAAACCCAGCACCGUGCAUAUUGCCUGCACUCCUCAAGCAGCAAAGGCAAUAAGCAACAAGGACCAACAUAGCAUAUCGUAUACCUUGUCUCGGGCCCAGACGGUGGUGGUUGAAUAUACACAUGACAGCAACACUGAUAUGUUUCAGAUUGGCCGGUCAACAGAAAGCCCUAUAGACUUCGUAGUGACAGAUACUGUUCCUGGAAGUCAGAGUAAUUCAGAUACACAGUCCGUACAGAGCACUAUAUCAAGGUUUGCUUGCAGAAUCAUAUGUGAACGGAACCCUCCUUUUACAGCAAGAAUAUACGCUGCGGGAUUUGACUCAUCGAAAAACAUCUUUCUUGGGGAAAAAGCUGCCAAGUGGAAGACAUCCGAUGGACAGAUGGAUGGGUUAACCACAAAUGGAGUUCUUGUUAUGCAUCCGCGCAAUGGAUUUACUGAAGACUCCAAACCAGGGGUAUGGAGGGAGAUAUCUGUGUGUGGAAAUGUGUUCAGCCUCCGUGAAACCAGAUCAGCUCAGCAGAGGGGAAAAAUGGUUGAGAAUGAAACCAACCAACUCCAAGAUGGCUCAUUAAUCGAUCUGUGUGGAGCAACGAUGCUGUGGCGAACUGCCGAAGGCCUUUCACGCACUCCUACGGUGAAGCACUUGGAAGCUCUAAGACAGGAAAUAAAUGCCGCCAGGCCUCAGUGCCCUGUAGGGUUUAACACAUUAGCAUUUCCUAGUAUGAAGAGGAAAGAUGUUGUAGAUGAAAAGCAACCGUGGGUGUAUCUGAACUGUGGCCACGUACAUGGCUAUCACAACUGGGGAAACAAAGAGGAAAGAGAUGGGAAGGAUAGAGAAUGUCCCAUGUGCCGCUCUAUUGGCCCCUAUGUGCCUCUGUGGCUUGGAUGUGAAGCUGGAUUUUAUGUAGAUGCAGGACCUCCAACUCAUGCGUUCAGCCCAUGUGGACAUGUGUGCUCAGAAAAAACAACUGCAUAUUGGUCCCAAAUUCCUCUUCCUCAUGGUACUCACACUUUUCAUGCAGCCUGUCCGUUCUGUGCACAUCAGCUGGCUGGCGAACAGGGUUACAUCAGACUUAUUUUCCAAGGACCUCUUGACUAAUACGCGUGUCUCCCAGGACUUCAUUAAAUUUAUAAGCUAAGCAAUUCUGAUUUUAAACAAACUGUCUAUUUCAUAUUCUCUGGGUUUUGACAGUUUGCAUUAAAAUGAAGAUUUGUUUUGUUUUGUUUUGUUAUAGCAGCUAAAUCCCUUUCUAGAUGAGGAAAAGCCUGGAAACAACGAGAUUAUGGGGAGGAAAGGGAAAGUUCCUGACUUUGUUUAAUGUCUACUUUUGGAGAAGGGGAGGAAAUUUAUGCAUAGCGAAAUUCAAUGCCUUCAAUUUAAUGUUUUUGAAUGACGUGUCCUUGGUGUGUUAAAAGUUGCUUUUUUGGGGGGACGGGGUAUAACUGUGGGUAAAUGUGGUCAGUUCAAAGGACAUUAGUUUACAGCUUGGAUGCAAACAUUGUAAAAUAUAGCAACAUGUAUAUUAACUUUUUCUAUUUAUCUUUAUUAUUGAAAUUAUCUUAUGGCAUUUUGAUAGAGGAGCAGCAUGGUAGUAGUGUGUGAAAUCCAUUGACUGGAUGCAUAGAAUAGUCCUUGAUGGGGGAAGAUUAGAAGAAAACUGUAGAAGUACCUUUUUAAAAUCUAGAGUACUAUUGAGUUCUUAGAGUAGCCGAAUGCUUUUUAAACAAAAUUAAUGCAAAUUACAUUGGUGUAAAAAUAUGCUUUAACCUCACAAAAGAUAAUUAUGAUGGACUUUUUAAAAUGUCUGUCCAUUGGGUAGGACUAUAAUAAAAGAACUGGUCACAGGAAAACAUUUACCUGAUUCUUUGAAUAUGCAAUUUUAAACUAGGUUAAGGAUUUUUCUCCUUCUGUUAACUAAUCUUUUAUUUACCGUUAGCAAUGUUUGAGGUUUUUUAUUUAUUUAAACAACAAAAAACAAACAGCCAAGACUCAUCUGUUCUUCACUGUUAGAAAAAAGCCAUGAAUUAGCCAGAGAGCUGUGUUCAAUUUAAAGAAUUAUUCAUUCUGCUUUUAGUCUAAUCCCUUAAUUUGUAUGCAGGGUGGGUAGAUGGCACACUGGCUUCAUACACUUUGCCUUUCAGCUCCACAGAGCUGGGUACAAAUAUGUAUUUAGGUGACAAUUGAAGACAUUGCAGCCUUGGAGCUAAGAUGUUUGUCCACAUCCCCAAACCAUCAUGUAAAUUGGCACAAUUGGCAGUCUGUGCUCAGGAAGAGCUCAGAUUGAGAUUGAGUUGUAUGCAUGGCGCUUGAGGUGGAGGAAGCUUGCAGAAAAGUUACUCACACCAUGGCUGAUUUAAGUCUGUUUUUAGUCUCACUUUCAAUAUCCCUCCCCCAAAAUGCUCCUCUUUUUUUUGCACCCCCACCCCCCUUCCAAUCCCUUACCAGAAAAGGCCGGUGCAUUACAUGGAAUUUGAGGCUAAUCCACCAUGCUUUAUGACAAACAUUCAAAUAAUCCUUUUAGGAUUGAGGUAAGCUUUUUUUUUUUUUUUCAAACGAGCUUUUUAAACUGGUUUCUCUUCUUUGGAUUGGAAAUAUGUACGGUAUAAACUGAUAGUAGCAAAUUCCCGUACUCUGUAGCAUAGCUUUAAUUUAUCCUAUCACAAAGCUGUUCUGAACUUUUCUUGGUAAAAACAAACUGAAUUGUGUUUAGAAGUCAUGAAUUAUUUACUGUCAAGAAUUCUUUCUCCAUUUUAAAAAGAUACGUAUCUAUUGUUUGGUUCACUCAGGAAAUGUAUGUGUCAGGAAACCUGUAUUAUAAGUUCAAGUAGCUGUCAUGUAUAAGUAACUGCUGUUACACCAUUUCAAAGAAAUAUAAUUGAUUUUGACAUUUUUCCAGUUUCAUGCAUUAAGUAAUGAGACUUAUGCAACAAGGAAUCCCUGUAUUGUGGUUGUUCUAAUCAUUUAUAUUCAGACUAUAUAUACUGUAGUUUAAUUUUUAUUUUCAAAUUAAUUUAUUCAAACUAUGUGAGUAAACACUUUUCAAAAAUAGAAAUUACAGAGUU